AUGAACCCAACUGAGAGUGAAUUAAGAAAGAUACAGGAUGAUGCCACAACUGUCUCCAUGCCAAUGAACCUUCGCCCAAACGAGAGCAAACAGGUGUUGGUGCUAACCUCCGUGCCUCUGGAUGGAAGGCAUAUUGGACCAAGCAACAAUCAUGCUGCUCAAAGGAAGCACGUACGUGACGAAAGCACUGGCCCAACUACAACAGUUUUCGUAGUCAACCUGUCUGCGAAAGCUUCUGAUACGACAACGACUCGCCGUGUGGAACUGAUAGAUGAAGAUAUAACCAGCGACUUAAAUAAAAAGGCAGAGUCGUUCACGUUAUAUUCAUUAGCACUGGAUGAAAGCAACGAUGUAAAAGACACUGCUCAGCUCCUCAUUUUUAUCCGAGGAAUUAACAAUACUUUUGAAAUAACGGAGGAGUUUUUGACAAUGGAGUCUCUGAAAGGAAAAACACGGGGAGAGGACUUGUAUGACCGGGUGUCUGCUGUCAUCGAAAAUAUGAAGCUCCCUUGGAGUAAACUUAUCAACGUCACCACAGAUGGAUCUCCUAAUUUGACGGGGAAAAAUGUCGGCCUGCUGAGGAGAAUACAGAAUAAAGUGAAAGCUGAAAAUCCUGACCAGGAUGUUAUUUUCCUUCACUGCAUCAUCCACCAGGAAUCUCUAUGUAAAUCGGUAUUACAGCUGAAUCAUGUUGUGAAUCCUGUCGUAAAACUUGUCAACUUUAUACGUGCAAGGGGACUUCAGCACCGUCAGUUCAUCACGUUCCUGGAGGAAACUGAUGCGGAUCACCAGGACCUACUUUAUCACUCCCGUGUCCGCUGGUUAAGUUUGGGCAAAGUGUUUCAACGAGUAUGGGAGCUCAAAGAGGAGAUCGGUGCAUUUUUGGAGUUACUGAGGAAGGCCGGCGAAUUUCCUGAGCUGAGCAACAAGAGCUGGCUUUGUGACUUUGCGUUUGCUGUGGAUAUAUUUUCACACAUGAAUGAACUGAACGUGAAGCUACAGGGGAAGGAUCAGUUUGUGCAUGACAUGUUCACAAACGUGAAAGCCUUUAAAUCCAAGCUGGCUUUUUUUUCCAGGCAAAUUUUGAAUAAGUUAUUCACUCAUUUUCCCACACUAGCCACACUGGAAGAGGCCGGUGCAAAUGGCAAGUGA